CCGAGUUCCCGCGAGACCAAGUGGCGCGGCUCUACCGACCUAGGACUCGGGGGUGUUCGGCGUUGGCAUCUCCCGCCCCCUCCCGGAAGAAGGGGAAAGGCACAAGUGGGUUAUUCCAGAUAUGCCUCUGCCCGGUUGUGAACUUUAGAACUGCCGCUUCUGCUGGCCCCGGGGGGAGAAGGCCACCUGGCUGCGGCAGAUGUCCGCCACCUCCUCUGCAGCAUGAAGACGCCGGAGGAGCCUGGGUUGGCUCCGGACUGCCUGUCUUCAGACCAGCCCCCAGCGUCAGCCCAGCUCUCUCCUCAGGCUUCCCCGAGGCAUGAAGACGCCGACCCUGAGCUGAUGCCACCGCCAUGCGAUGGGCACGAUCCGCCCCGCGUGUCUCCAGAUCCGCAGGCUGGCUCCCAGGAGUUGGCGGCGGGGGACCCCGCUGCUCUCUCCACUCCCCUGGGAACCGCGUGCGGUCCUCCGGCUGGGUUGAGCCCUCGAAUCGAGGAGCCAGAACCUUCUGGAAAUGUGAGCCUUCCUGCAGAAGAAACGGACAGGCCAGACUGGAGCCCUGAAGAAGCUGUGGAAGGUGUGUCUGAGGAUCCCGGUGCCGAGGAUGAGGGAUUCCCCACUUGGAACUAUAACUUUUCUCAGCUCCCUCGGUUUCUCACGGGUUCCUGGUCUGAAUUCAGCGCCCAACGGGAGAACUUCUUGAAAGGCUGUAAGUGGGCUCCUGAUGGCUCUUGCAUCUUGACCAAUAGUGCUGACAACAUCCUGCGUAUUUAUAACCUGCCCUCAGAGCUGUACAGUGAGGGGGAGCAGCUGGAUUACUCAGAAAUGGUCUCUGUCCUUCGGAUGCCAGAAGGUGACACUGUCUAUGAUUACUGCUGGUAUUCUCUGAUGUCUUCAUCACAGCCAGACACCUCCUACGUGGCCAGCAGCAGCCGGGACAAUCCAGUUCACAUCUGGGACGCGUUCACUGGAGAGCUCCGGGCUUCCUUUCGAGCCUACAAUCACCUGGAUGAACUGACGACAGCCCACUCACUCUGCUUCUCCCCCGAUGGCUCCCAGCUCUUUUGUGGUUUCAAUCGAACUGUGCGUGUGUUCUCUACCGCUCGGCCUGGCCGAGAUUGUGAGGUCCGAGCCACGUUUGCCAAAAAACAAGGCCAGAGCGGCAUCAUCUCCUGUAUAGCCUUUAGCCCAGCCCAGCCCCUCUAUGCUUGUGGUUCCUAUGGCCGCUCCCUGGGUCUGUAUGCGUGGGACGAUGGCUCCCCUCUUGCCUUACUGGGGGGGCACCAAGGGGGCAUCACCCACCUCUGUUUUCACCCUGAUGGCAACCAGUUCUUCUCAGGAGCACGCAAGGAUGCAGAGCUUCUGGGCUGGGAUCUCCGGCAGCCUAGUCAUCCGCUGUGGUCUCUGAACCGAGAGGUGGCCACCAAUCAGCGCAUCUACUUUGACCUGGACCCGAGCGGGAAGUGCCUGGUGACUGGCAGCACAAGUGGGACCGUGUCUGUGUGGGAUAUCACCGGGGCUGGGCUUGAGGGCCGACCAGAGCCAGUGCUGAGUUUUCUGCCCCAGAAGGACUGCACCAAUGGAGUGAGCUUGCACCCUAGCCUGCCUCUGCUGGCCACAGCCUCCGGCCAGCGUGUGUUUCCGGAGCCCUCAGAGAGUGGAGAUGAAAGGGAGCAGGGAGUGGACCUUCCCCUGCUCUCCAUGAGCAACAUGCACCUUGACUGUCAGCUUCAGCUCUGGUGGUGUGGGGGAAGCGAUGCCAGUGUCCCUGCGGCUCAGGGAGGCCCAGAGGGAAGUGGGGAUGAGUUGCUAUAAAAAGGUUUUCUGUGA